AUGAUGCUGGAUAACAACUUGGUACGCCACUUGGACGCAUGUGAAACUAUGGGUAACGCGACGUCGAUCUGUUCGGACAAGACCGGAACUCUGACGACGAACCGAAUGACUGUCGUACAGUCAUUCAUCAACGAUGUGCACUAUAAAGAAGUCCCGAAGAUAGAGAAUCUGAACAAGGAGACGUUGGACUUGUUGCUCAACUGUAUUUCCAUCAACAGCAGUUAUUCGUCACAGGUCGUACCAGGGAAGCAGUUGGGCGAACAAGCAACACAAUUAGGUAACAAGACUGAGUGCGGUCUGCUAGGCUUCGUUCUAGCUCUAGGAGCCAGUUAUCAAGACAUUCGUGACAAGAAUCCAGAGGAGAGUAUUCCGAAGGUAUAUACGUUCAACUCAGUGCGUAAAAGUAUGUCGACGGUGAUCCAUCGACCUGGUGGUGGCUAUCGAGUGUUCAGCAAAGGAGCCUCGGAAAUCAUCACAAAGAAGUGGGUGAUU